UAAACACUUCAUUGGGCCUGUCGGGUACUGGGAGUGGAGGGAGGGGCUGUCUGAGGCCACCACCAGGCCCUGAGCCCACUUUUCUGCCCUACAGAUCCCCUGGGCACGCCCCCUCUUCUCGCUGCUCAUGCCGCUGGGACUGGGGCGUCGGAAAAAGGCGCCACCUCUGGUGGAAAAUGAGGAGGCCGAGCCAGGCCGUGGUGGGCUGGGCGUGGGGGAGCCAGGGCCCCUGGGCGGGGCUGGGGCAGGGGGGCCUCAGAUGGGCCUACCCCCCCCUCCCCCGGCCCUGCGGCCCCGCCUUGUGUUCCACACUCAGCUGGCCCAUGGCAGUCCCACUGGCCGCAUCGAGGGCUUCACCAACGUCAAGGAGCUGUACGGCAAGAUCGCUGAGGCCUUCCGACUGCCAGCUGCUGAGGUGAUGUUCUGUACCCUCAACACCCACAAAGUGGACAUGGACAAGCUCCUGGGGGGGCAGAUUGGGCUGGAGGACUUCAUCUUUGCGCACGUCAAGGGGCAGCGCAAGGAGGUGGAGGUGUUCAAGUCGGCGGAGGCGCUGGGGCUCACCAUCACGGACAACGGGGCCGGCUACGCCUUCAUCAAGCGCAUCAAGGAGGGCAGCGUGAUCGACCACAUCCAGCUCAUCAGCGUCGGUGACAUGAUCGAGGCCAUCAACGGGCAGAGCCUGCUGGGCUGCCGGCACUACGAAGUGGCCCGGCUGCUCAAGGAGCUGCCCCAAGGCCGCACCUUCACGCUGAAGCUCACCGAGCCCCGCAAGGCCUUCGACAUGAUCGGCCAGCGUUCAGGGAGUGGCCGCCCUGGCUCCGGUCCCCAGCUAGGCACCGGCCGAGGGACCCUGCGGCUCCGAUCCCGGGGUCCUGCUACAGUGGAGGAUCUUCCUUCGGCCUUUGAGGAGAAGGCGAUUGAGAAGGUAGAUGACCUGCUGGAGAGUUACAUGGGCAUCAGGGACACAGAGCUGGCGGCCACCAUGGUGGAGUUGGGGAAGGACAAAAAGAACCCAGACGAGCUGGCAGAGGCCCUGGAUGAGCAGCUUGGUGACUUUGCCUUCCCCGACGAGUUCGUCUUUGAUGUUUGGGGUGCCAUCGGGGAUGCCAAGGUCGGCCGCUAUUAGGCCACCCGCUGGACCUUGCAAUGACCUGGGCUUGGCCUGGUGGGGACCUCUAGAGGGGCCACCAUGCCCUGGACCCCAGCCCGAGGGCGGUGUGGAGCAGAGGUGGGGCUGGGCCCCUGCCACACUCCAAUCGGUACC